AUGGCUCAAAGCGAGGUGAUAUUGCAGUUCCGCUUUUCCACCUUUGCUGAGUCCAUGAUGCAGAAAAUGGAUGCUCUGCGCCGAGAGAGACGGUUCUGUGAUGUCACGGUCCGUAUCAAUGACCUGGAGGUACCAGGUCACAAAGUUGUCUUUGCUGCUGGUUCCCCAUUCCUUAGGGACCAGUUCUUCCUUCAGGAUUCACCAGAGGUGCAGAUAACCACUCUGCAGGAGUCGAAGGUCGGACAAAAACUACUUCUGUCCUGUUACACAGGAACGCUUGAGUUUCCUGAGUUGGAACUUGUACAUUAUCUUACCGUUGCCAGUUUCCUGCAGAUGGGUCAUAUUGUUGAGCAGUGUACUCAAGCUCUGAAUAAAUUCAUAAAACCACAGGGACUUAAAGAAGAACAGUUACCACGUCAACCAUCAAGUGUCAACGUGAAUGACCCACCAGUGGUCAAAACAGUGUACGAUGAGAAUGAGCAAAGGGACAAUGCCAGUGAGGAGGUCUAUGAUGACGACGAUGAUGACGAUGACGAUGACGUGAUCAUCGAGCCAAGGGCUCCCUCAGUUUUUCGACCGUCCUGUAGUCAGAGCCGAGGAGAGGAAAGCCCCAUUACGAUUGUUAAGGUCGAAUCUGUGGGCGAUCGAGUUCCAGAGAUGUCAAAUAAAACUCGCCACUGCUCUUCUCGUUCACCCCCAUUACAUUCACCAGAGCCACAGCACUCUCUCAUAAACUCAACGGUUGAAACCCGCUCAGCAGAGAUAGCGGUCAACCCCAUUCCAGAAUACCCACUUUCCCCUCCGCCAAGCGCUUCUGGGAAAGGGAACCACUGGGGAGGUCUUCGGAAUUCCGACAAAGGAAUGCAGUGGUAUCACCAGUGCCCUAAGUGUGCCCGUGUCUUCCGGCAGUUGGAGAAUUACGCUAACCACCUGAAGAUGCACAAGCUGUUCAUGUGUCUGUUGUGUGGGAAGACAUUCACCCAGAAAGGAAAUCUACACAGACAUAUGCGCGUCCACGCUGGAAUCAAGCCGUUCCAGUGUAAGAUCUGCGGAAAGAAUUUCACACAGAAGUGCUCGUUGUUGGACCACCUCAACCUUCACAGUGGAGACAAGCCUCAUCGAUGUAAUUACUGUGAUAUGGUGUUUGCGCAUAAACCAGUUCUAAGGAAACAUCUGAAGCAAAUCCACGGCAAAAACAGUUUUGACAAUGCCAAUGAAGGCAGCAUGCAGGAGGGUUUUUAACUUGACCGUGACUUGUGUGUGCUGAGUUUGACACAUUAAAGCGGUUAAAAACACUGGUGGUCUGGUUAAUGAAGAUAAGCGGGAUCGUCUCAA